AUGGGCAACCCAAGCUUUCACCAAGGGGCUCAACCCUCAGAGCUCCGCCGCCUCAUUCAAACUGAAGGAGAACUUGUUAGAGUACGAGACAGUAGUUCAGCCAAUAUUAUCCAUUGGAAAGUGAUAGAGCAGCUGGGACUGUUGGACCAAAUUGUGCUGGUAGCUCAGGUUCUCAAUGGAUUCAAUAUGGCGUGUGAAACUACGAAUGGGGAAAUUGCUUUGCCGGUGAAUACCGCUGGGACUAUUCAGCAAACAAAGUUUUACGUCAUUGAAGGCGAGAUGAGAUACAAUGCAUUGUUUGGCAGACUGUGGGUGCACAACAUGAGGGCAGUACCCUCGACGUUGCACCAAAUGUUGAAAUUUCCAACCCCAGAGGGUGUAAAAACGGUUCAUGGGGAACAGCCGGCGGCAAGGGAGAUGUUUGCAGUUGAAGAAGCAGCUCCAGUACCGAAGGCACUAGCAUUAAAGGCUGUAGAGGAGUCAGUCAAAGGCAAAGAUGUUAAAUAG